AUGCGUCUUGGGCGCCAUGACCUUUCUGCCACUGAGACCAGCACAAUGCAGCACAUUGGUGUAGAUCAGGUCAUCCACAGCCCUUCCUACAGCUCGAACACGUUGAGCUGGGACAUUUCCCUGCAGCGGUUGGCCUCCAACCCAACUACCAAAGACUACGUGAGGCCUGGAUGUUUCCCGAUUGGUGACAUAAGUCCUGGGGAAAAUUCCUUCGUCAGCGGCUGGGGCGCCCUCACAGAGGACAAGCUUCAGGUUGUGAAUAAGCCUAUUCUCACCCACCAGACAUGCAGAGACCAACUGGGUUCCAACAGCUACUACGACAGCAACAUGCUUUGUGCCGGUUUUGAUGCAGGCGGUGCUGAUGCCUGCCAGGUAACAUCUGGAAUCCGCACCCGACCUCCAUGUCCUCUCAUGAGCCUAGAUGCGUGUGACACGAGGAAUAAUGUCACCAGUGACAUACUGUAA